AUGGCAUCUUCUAUUGAAGUCGGAGGCUCGUGGUCAACGAAUGAAGAUAUUGCGUUGUGUCAAUCUUGGGUGAACAUUAGUCAUGACCCUAUCACGGGUAAUGAGAUGAAGUUUCAUCACAUGUGGAGCAAAAUUCAUGGAGAAUUUUGUCAAAGAUCGGGUUCUAUUCGGACCGAAAUGGCGUUGUCUAGUAGAUGGAAACUUCUUAAUAAAGAGUUAGGGAAAUGA